UACGUUUAACAACGCAACAAAGAAGAGGAUAAGAGAGAUUAAGGAGGUGAUCAUUAAACAAGGCAGCCUGCAACGAUUGGAUUAAUUAGCUUCUUAAUUACAAUUUUGUGUUGUUUGAUCAUUGAAACGCUAAUCAAUACUUAGAAUGGAAUGGUCCCCCAAAUAUGCUGCCAAUGCAUAUCUUGACACCCUCAAGUUGUGUAGCAAACACAAGCAGAUGUGCAGUUCAUGUACCGGAACACAAGAACCAGAGUGCAAUGAAUUCCUAUCUGCAUUAGCAGCUGGAAUGAGCGCCAAGCUAAUAGUGGAAGUCACCACCGAAGGCUCUCCCUCAACCGUGGCCUUAGCAGCCGCAGCUCGUCAAACAGGGGGCAAAUUAGUAUGCAUCAUUCCCGAGCCAAAACUCGACAAAACACAAAAAGUAAUUCAAGAAACAGGGCUAAACGACAUGGUAGAAUUCAAAACAGGGGACCCUGUUGAAGUCUUGCACAAUUACGAAAACAUCGAUUUCUCAUUAGUAGAUUGCAAGACGAGUGAUUACGACAUGUUGAUGGAGAAGCUCGACGUUAAUCCUAAAAGAUCAGUUGUUGUUACGAAUAAUGUUGAAGGGAAGAAAGGCGUGGGAGGACAUUUGAAGAAAGUGGAGAAUAAGGUAAAGGUAAGGUCACUACAGCAUCCGAUUGGUAAAGGGUUAGAAGUUACUAUGAUUGGUAAAAGCACGGAGUUUGGUAAGAAGGAAAGUAGGAGCAAAUCAGGAUGUUAUGCUCAUCUAAUUAGAGGUGGAGAUAAAAAGAAUGGUCAUGUAGUGAAAAGAGGUGAUAAGAGCAAAUGGGUUUUUGUUGUUGAUGAAAAAAGUGGUGAAGAACAUAUUUAUAGGAUGCCAAAAUCAUCUGGACCUUGAUUCAUUCGUAAAUUAUAAUUACAUGGUUCUUUGAAAUGAGAAUAUUGGUAAAUUCUUAUAUCGAAGAAUUU